AUGGCACUCAAACGACAGAUAUGGACGCUGAUGCGCAAGAACUUUCGCUGCCUCGUCUUGAGGCACUACCUCAUCCUCACCGCCAUGGCCCUCCUCGUCCCGAUCGUCCUCUCCCUCUUCUUCAGCAGUGCCCGGAAUCUCUUUGUCCCGCCCGCGACGUUUGGCAUUGGCGACGUGCGGCCACUAAUGCCCAUCAAGGAUGCCCUGCAGCGCGGCAGCGACGCCGGCCGCACCAAGCUCGUCCUCGUCAACAAUGGUCACGCUGGCGGUAACAUUGACAAGGUGCUCAACGACGUUGCUAAUAUCGUGCAGAAUGCCAAUGCGGGCGUCACCAUUGUUCGCGUCAGCAACGAGAAGGAAAUCCCCGGCCAGUGUCGCAGCACCCUCCGCGGUGUCACGGCCUGCUUCAAUGCCAUCAUAUUUCGCUCCUCGCCUGACGAGGGCAAUGGUGCCAUUUGGAACUACACCAUCCGUACAGACGCCGCCUUUUACCAAGAACCAAUGAGAAUCCGCGUCGACAAGGGCGACAACGUUGAGCAGAUAUACAUGAUUCCUACCCAGCACAUGGUUGACCGAGCCAUUGCCAAGAUUGCGAACCCUAGCCAGCAGGAUCCUCUCGCAUCCGUCCAGGAAAAAGCAUUUACAAGUCACACUGGCGAGGAGCGCCUCGCUCAGACACGCCGACUCUAUCACAAGUCAAUCAUCAACUUUAUGGGCGUCGCCUUCAUCACCACCAUCCUCUGGAUCUCGUAUCACUUGACCGGCUAUAUCGCCACUGAGAGGGAAACCGGAAUGUCCCAGCUCAUCGACGCCAUGAUGCCCGUCCGCAAGCCUUGGAUGGCCAUGUUUGUCAGGCUGCUGGCUCAUCAUUGGUCCUUUUCCCUCCUCUACGCUCCAGGCUGGCUCGCUGGCUCCUUCAUAAUUCGUCAUGGUGUCUACACGAAUACUAGCUACGUCAUUCUCAUCGUUCUCCACAUUCUUGCCGGUCUUGCCUUUGCUUCCAUGUCAAUUAUGAUUGCUUGCUUCUUCAAAAAGGCCCAGCUGAGCGGCAUCGCUGCAACCCUGUCUAUGCUGCUUCUAGGUAUUCUCGCCCAGGCGCUGACAAAACCUGGUACCGGAGUCGUUACUUCUCUUUCCGUUCUCUUUGCUCCCUGCGCCUAUGUAUUUGCCAUCAUCCACAUGUCCUGGUUCGAGAGAUAUGGUAAACCGGCCAGCCUCACCUCCAUCCAACCCCAGGCUGACUUUCAGCUGCCCGGCAUCUUCUUUUGGAUCAUGCUUACGAUUCAAAUCUUCGCAUAUUUCCUCAUUGGAGCCGCCUUUGAGUACUACCUCCAUGGCACAUCAACCGAGGGGCGCAAAAUCACAAACAAUACUGCUUCUAUGCCGGACGACGCUGUGCAGCUACGUGGCUUUACCAAGAUCUACCAUCCCGGCCUCUUUUCUCGCCUCUUUUCUCGCCACUUCUCUCGCCUCUUUUCGUUGACCUCCAAAAACUCGACCGAGUCUGUUCUUGCCGUUGACAAACUGAGCCUCAACGUCGGCCGCGGCCAAAUUGUUUGUCUUCUCGGUGCGAAUGGCAGCGGCAAAAGCACCACUUUGGAUGCCAUUGCCGGCCUUCACAGGCUCACAAGCGGCUCUAUUACCAUUGAUGGCACAGGUGGCCUGGGUAUUGCGCCACAAAAGAACGUUUUGUGGGAUGAUCUCAAUGUCACCGAGCAUUUGCGCAUUUUCAACCAACUGAAAUCACCCAAAAACCCCGCCAGCAAGGCCGAAAUUGACAAGUUGAUCGAGGCUAUCGACCUUGGGUCGAAGCGCAAAGCUCUUGCGAAGACUCUCUCUGGUGGCCAAAAGCGCAAGCUGCAGCUGGGUAUGAUGUUGACUGGUGGCAGUGCAGUCUGCUGCGUCGACGAAGUCAGCAGUGGCAUCGACCCCUUGUCGCGGCGCAAACUUUGGGACAUUCUCCUCGCUGAGCGCGGAAAGCGCACCAUGAUCCUCACUACACACUUCCUCGACGAAGCUGACCUGCUUGCCGACCAUAUUGCCAUCCUUUCCAAGGGAACGCUGCGGGCAGAGGGCUCGUCUGUUGAGCUCAAGGACAAGCUCGGUGGUGGAUAUCGAGUCAUGAUCCACAAGUCUGCCACGACAAAUUCAUUACCCAAUGUGGAGGGCGUCAAGAAGACGGACGCCUUUGACCAGGUAACAUAUGUCUCUCCAUCUUCUAGCCUUGCUGCUGCAGUCAUCAAGAAACUUGAAGAUGCUCAGGGCUCUGAUUACCGAUUCUCCAGUCCUACCAUCGAGGACGUCUUCUUACAAGUGGCGGAAGAAAUCAAGGAUGAAGAAGCAUUCCGAACUGAUCAACAGUCUACGGAGAAGAAACAAGCUACGGAAAAGAAACAACCUACUGAAAAGAAACAGCCUACGGAAAAGAAACAACCUACUGAAACGACCCAUGAUAUAGACGACAUAUCCCAAAACGAACAGCAGCCGCAAGGGUUGCAGCUCAUGGACGGAAAGCAGGUUGGCUAUCUGCGCCAGACAUAUAUCAUGUUUGCCAAGCGCAUCAUAGUCCUCAAGCGCAACUGGCCCACCUAUGCGAUUGCAUUUGGCAUUCCUAUACUUGCUGCUGGUCUCACGAGCCUCUUUGUUAGCAACGGGACACUGCAGGGUUGUGCCCCUGAAGACCAGGUCUCAAAUCACGGCACCGAAGAUGCAUUCGGCCAGAUUUUAGACACGGGCGGCGACCGACUGACCUUUCUUGCCGGACCACGCUCCAAGGUAUCUCUCACCAACCUUGCGAGACUGUUUAGGCCCAUCUUGAAUGGGUCCACGGAUGGUGCCGCUGCCGGUUCCGUAUUCCUCACCCGACUGAGGCUUGUUGACACCUUUGACGACUAUACCAACUACAUCACGAACAACCCCAGAAACGUCACCAUGGGGUUUUGGUUGGGCGAUGCUAACAGCAAGCCAACGUUUGCAUGGGUUGCAAACCUGUUCAUCACUAGUUCGAUCCUCUCGCAGCAGCUCCUCGACGUGUUACAGACAAACACAUCCAUAGCGACAACCUGGUCGGCCUUUGACACACCAUUCAAUCCCAGUAUCGGCAAUGCGCUCAACCUGGUUAUUUACAUGUGUAUUGCUCUUGCAGUGUACCCGGCAUUCUUCGCGCUCUACCCCAGCAAUGAGCGCCGGCGCUUUGUUCGAGCUCUGCAGUACUCUAAUGGUGUGCGUCCUCUGCCUCUUUGGCUGGCGUACUUGGUAUUCGAUUUCAUCGUGGCCCUCGUUAGCUCUGCCAUUGGAACUGGCAUAUGGGCGGCGCUGUCGAAAGUCUGGUACAACAUUGACUACGUUUUUGUCGUCUUGUUCCUCUACGGACUUUGCUCCAUCAUCUUCUCCUACAUCAUCUCGCUCUUUGCCAAAUCGCAACUAGGUGCAUUUGCUUGGUCCGCCGUUGUGCAAGCGAUUUUCAUGUUGGUUUACCUCAUUAUCUAUGUCUGCGUCUUGACGUACGUGGACGCUUCAAAAAUUGACAAUGCGCUGCGUCUGUCGUAUUUCCUCCUUGCGCUUUUCUCACCGAUUAUUUCCGCCACUCGCGCGCUCUUUAUCGCCACGAACCUGUUCUCCAUUUCUUGCGACGGCAAUGAGCUCUCGCGGAGCCCGCAGGGUCUGAAGUACUACGGCGGUCCCAUCCUCUACCUCAUUGUGCAGUCCAUCGGCUUGUUCCUCAUGCUGCUAUGGCUGGACAGCGGCUCCCCCCUUUCAUGGCUGCCCCCAAUCUUUUCCCGCAGUCGGCCGACCAAGGACCUCGAAUUAGUGGACCAAGACGUCCUCGAUGAGCAGGAGCGCCUUAGCGGCCCAGGUGCUCAAGGAGACGGCUUACGCGUCUACCAUCUGACCAAAUCCUUUGGCAAGAACACCGCCGUCGACAACGUCAGCUUUGGCAUCAGACACGGGGAGGUCUUUGCGCUUCUCGGGCCCAACGGUGCCGGCAAAUCCACCACUAUCUCCGUCAUCCGCGGCGACCUGAAGCCCAGCCGCAACGGCGGCGACGUCUUCAUCGAGGAUGUGUCUGUGACUAAGAGCUUGGCGCUCGCGCGUACCAACCUGGGCGUGUGCCCGCAAGUCGACGCGCUCGACGCGAUGACGGUGCGCGAGCACCUCGAGUUUUACGCGCGCGUCCGCGGCAUCCCCGACAUCGAGCACAACGUCUCGGCGAUCAUGGCGGCCGUCGGUCUCAGUGCCUUUGAGACUCGCAUGGCGCACAAUCUUUCGGGCGGCAACAAGCGCAAGCUGAGCCUCGGCAUCGCGCUCAUGGGCAACCCGGCCGUGGUGCUUCUCGACGAGCCCUCAUCGGGCCUCGACGCCGCCGCCAAGCGCGUCAUGUGGAAGACGCUCGCCGCCACGUCCCGCGGCCGCUCCAUCCUCCUCACCACCCACUCGAUGGAAGAAGCUGACGCGCUCGCCGGCCGCGCUGGCAUCCUCGCCGGUCGCAUGCGCGCCCUCGGUACCCCCGAUGAGCUGCGCCACCGCUUCGGCGACCUGAUUUACGUUCACCUCGUCGCCGCCUCGGCUCCACGCACUCCGGAGGCGGAAAUGGACACCAUCAUCGCCUGGGUCCGCCGCACGCUGCCGUCUGCUCAAGUCGAUGACAAGACGUAUCACGGGCAGCUGCGCUUCACCGUGCGUGCGCGCGACGUCCUUGACCGUACCGGUCGUCCCCCGCCGCCCACUCGGGUUCGCAACGAAAGCGAGGACACGGCCACCGCGCCGCCGCACGACAGUGGGUCCGCCGAUAGCGAGUCCGCGACGCCGUGCGACAGCGGGGUCACCGGCAGCGAGUCCGUGACGCCUCACGACAGCGAGUCCGUGACGCCACACGACCGCGAGUCCGUGACGCCACACGACAGCGAGUCUGGAACGCCUCACGACAGCGAGUCCGGAAAGCCUGACGAUAGCGAGUCCGUGACGCCACACGACAGCGAGUCCGGAAUGCCUCACGACAGCGGGACCACCGGCAGCAAGUCCGUGACGCCUCACGACAGCGGGGCCACCGGCAGCGAGUCCAUGACGCCUCACGACAGCGGGGCCACCGGCAGCGAGUCCGUGACGCCACACGACAGCGAGUCCGGAACGCCUCACGACAGCGGUGACAGCGGGUCCGUGACGCCUCGCAACAGCGGGUCCGCGACGGCGCACGAUAGCGGCUCCGCGACGCCGCGCAACAGCGGAUCGGCGGUCGGCAGCCUCGUCGUCUUGCUCGAGGAGAAUAGAGCGCAGCUCGGCAUCAGCAAUUACAGCGUGGCGCCAACGGGUCUGGAUCAGGUCUUCCUGUCCAUUGUCGGGCAGCACAAUGUGCAGGAAGAGAAUGCGUAA